AUGGAUGAGAUAAUGACACAGAAAAUAGAUGAUGUAAUAUCAAAGAGAAAGGAUAAGCGUAGGCAGAUGGUCUUAAAAGAUGACCCAUUCGCUCCUAAAAUCAUGGCGGUCCCCUUGCUUAAGGGCUUCAAGCAACCUAUGAUAGAAGCUUACGACGGGGUCACAGAUCCACUUGACCAUCUCCAGACUUUCGUUGAUUUAAUGAGACUCUAUGCAGCACCUGAUGCAGUGAUGUGUCGAUCUUUUUCCCCGACCCUCAGGAGAGAAGCCAGAGACUGGGUGACGACACUUGCCCCUCGAUCUAAAACAUUUGAUGAACUUUCCAGAAGUUUUGUGGCAUACUUCCUUAGUAGCAAAAGAAAGAGGAAGAUGGCCAUCGGGUUGAUGCAGCUGAGCGACCCUUGCAAUAGAGGAUCUUCAAAUGUCAACAGUGGUGACUGGGUUGAUGAACGAAACUUGAAAUCGGGCCUUCAAGAUGUCACUUCCAAGAACCCUUCAAAGUCAAUGCACGACCUGUUGAAAAAAAGAGACAAGUACUUUGAUGCCGAGGAAGUGGAGAAGGUCACAAAACACCUCAGAGAGGGAUGGGAAAUGGAGAGUUACAAGCGAAAGGUAGGGGAUGAGCUAAGAUCUGGCAAGAAAAAUAAGCUAAGUAGUGAGCAGACGGGUAGGGAAACCACCCAAGACCGACAAAUCAGGCAGAAACGAUAG